GCCAGGAAAAAGGAAGAGUCGACACGUGUCCGGUUUGACGGGUAGCUGCUGCAAUUGCUCCGUGCCGGAGUCGUCUGCUGAGGCAGUCCGUGACGAGGGCGACGAAACGAGCGAGGGAGAGGAUCCUCCGGUUUGUUGAUCGCCGACGCAUCCAUGGAGCCGUAGAGGGCAGAAAGAGGAAGAAAGAGAGUCGAUUUUUUUGUGGAGUUUUUAUUUUUUUCUUUGCGAUCGCUUGAUCUGGCCUAGAUUUGGUCUGGCUUGUAUAAUCCAGUUGAAGGCUGUCAAUAUUGUGCUUUCGUUUCAGCAGUUCGGAGUAUCGAUCACUUUCGCAGCUGGCUGUCCAGGACCAACAAUUAGAAUCAAGUAACAAAACUAUGGGGCCUAUCACUGGAGUGAGCAACCCUAAUAAUUUAGCUUCAAGACAGCGUUUAAGGUGGACAAAUGAACUGCAUGAUCGUUUCGUGGAUGCUGUGGCACAACUUGGUGGUCCAGAUAGAGCAACUCCUAAGGGUGUACUCAGAAUCAUGGGUGUUCAAGGUCUUACAAUAUACCAUGUGAAAAGUCAUCUACAGAAAUAUAGGCUCGCAAAGUAUGUUCCUGAGGCUUCAGCAGAUGGUAUAAAAUCAGAAAAGAAAGAUGAUGGAAAUUCAAUUCCAGGCCUUGAAAGCACUUCGGGAAUUCAAAUAACAGAAGCACUGAAAUUGCAGAUGGAGGUACAGAAACGACUUCAGGAACAACUAGAGGUGCAAAGACAACUGCAGCUAAGAAUAGAAGCCCAAGGAAAGUAUCUUAAGAAGAUUAUGGAUGAGCAGCAGCGCCGUAAUGGCGCAGCACUAGGUGAACUGCCUGGAUCAGGUAAUCCUGCACUCACUUCUGGUGAUCACUGCCUGGACUCCGAAAAGACUGAUCCUUCAACCCCAGCACCAACUUCUGAAUCCCCCAUCCAAGAUAAGGUUAUCGGCGGGGGACAUGGAGACACUGACGGGUUCUACAAAAGCAUUUCACGUGAUGACUCUUUCUCCUCUCGCUGUGAACCUCUGACACCUGACUCCACCUUCCAUGUUAGCUCUCCGUCAGCGAGCCCCAAGCACGAGAGCACUUCCAAAAGGUUCCGAGUGGGGAGCAUCGCAGGGCAAGGCAAGUCAGAACUAAUGGUUCCUCACAUAUUAGAGUCGAGUUCGGGCUCAGAUUUCCAUCAAUGAUGAUCGUCGUGCCGUUCCAUUCAUGUAAGAUUACUAACUUGGAAAAUCAUUUAGCUUUAGAUAUUUGUCUACGUCAUCUAUUGAAGAUAAUCCUAGAGAUCCCAUGAAUGAAUGAUGUAAUGACUAUCUUGUUGAAUACUUCAUUAGGUCCAUGUAGAGAAGUGUGGUUGGGAGACGCUUCUUUAUGCUUAUAAAUGGCAUUGCCACUUUGAUUA